UGAACACGUGACUGGACUAGAAGCUUCUGGAGCCAGCCUCAUAGCUCUCAGUUCGCUUUUGGUGACGACGACAGACGGUUCAACAUCGACGAAGAGGCAACGAUUGUUUCAAACCACCACAAUUGAGCAUUUUUAGUUUUAUUCGAAAGCUAUCUUUGCAUUUACGUUUUGAAAGCGAUUUUCUUACAUAUUGUAAAUUUUAACAGGACCAAAGGUUUCAAGUUAACGUUACAGUCGACGCUUGUGGCAAAAAAGCAAUGGCCAAGGGAGAAGACUCAAACUUUGAAAUGGCCGACGUUCGUCAGAGAGAUGGCAUCAGUGUAAUCUUUGACCAGAACAGCCCUGCUUCCUCUCGCUCCCGUUCACCACCCAGAAUUGGCGGACGCUCUAGUCGCCACAGGGGACGUGGCACCCACGGGCGACGUUACAGGUCUUCCUCAUCGUCUUCAUCCAGCAGCAGCCGGUCCUCCUCUCACACCAGGUCCCGCUCUCAUCCUCGUUGCCACAGACCUUCCUCCCGCUGUCGCUGUGACAACCAUCGCAGAAAUGGCCGGGACCGACAUCCCCGCUCCAGGCCUUCCAGCCGCAGGUACAGGAGGUCUGUGAGUCGGUUUUCCCAAUCCCCACCCAGGACCCACAAAAGCGUCUCAAGGUCCGGAUCUUCAGAGAAUUCUGUCAACCUAAAUCUGGAUGAUAAAGAACUCCUCAACACUGCAAAGGCCAAUGCUACAACGAUUCUAUCAGUGGAGAAACUGGAACUUCCCGAGAGGAUCCUAGCCGUGGAGAAGCUGGAGCUUCCUGAUUGUGUAAAACCAAUCCUGUCAGAGCAGUCGGAUUUCAAAUGGGUGUCGUCAGAUACAUGGGUGAGACAAGACCCUGGAAAGACUCUGUCACAGAAUCCUCCACUCGCUGAUGGAGCACAGGCGUGUGGACUGCAUUAUAGUGACUAUCCCUGUCGAGAGCUAAAAACAGACGAAGAACUCCUCUCCAUAUGUCAAAGAUAAGUUGGUUCACCAGCCGCGUGCUGAGGGCUGGGAAACCUACGUCACCAUCAUUCUCCCACUGUAGACAGAGAAGACAAACCUUUACUCUAUUUUGUUUGCAUUCUAUUCUGUUUCAAGGUCUGUCCUUGUAGGAUUCAUUUAAUGGCCAAGCCAGGCCUUUGAUGGCAGUGGGAUGGGGAUGUUAAGUGUUGAAGCUAACACUUAAAUAAUUAACAAUGCAAUAGAAUUAAAAGAAAUUUUAAACAAUAACAAUGGGAACUAUAAUCCAUCUUUAUCAACAAACUGACAAAGCUCACCCUACCAUCAGUUUUACACACAUCUAACUAGGUCUGUUUUUCUUGUCUCUUUUUAACAGAGCAUCGAGGGGGAGUCUGAUAUGUCCAACCCAACGAUGUCUCCAAAAA